UCCGGGCCCUUUCCCUGGUCCCACUGUGCACUGACACGGCACGCAGCUGGCACAGAGCAAGGAAAUGAAACAUCAGAAGUGUGGAUCGUGCAGGCGAGAGCACGUUAACACAACAGGCAAACAACAAAACCUAUCAGUGGUGUCCGCAGAAGCCUGGCCGAAGUAUUUCCUCAGUUGAGUUCAAGAAAGGUGGAUUUUCCUGAAAGUGCUUUCUUGUUGAGGUUGGAGUGAAUUAACAAAUGUAGAAUAAAGAACUGCCUCAAUUAGACAAGAAAACUGGCAGCUGUGCAGAGACGAGAGACGGACGUCCAAACAGGAGUAACACAUGUGAGCAGCAGGUAGUCGCAGAGCUUUUGAUGAAAAUAUGGCCAUUGGAGAUGAUGACCUCAUUGGGAUCCCCUUCCCCAACCACAGCAGUGAGGUGCUUUGCAGCCUGAAUGAGCAGAGGCACGACGGACUGCUCUGUGACGUCACCCUGAUCGUGAACGACCAGGAGUACCGGACCCACCGCUCAGUGCUGGCCGCCUGCAGCCAGUACUUUAAGAAGCUCUUUACCGUGAGCACUGCAGGAGAGCAGCACAGUGUUUACGAGAUCGACUUUGUCACCCCAGAAUCCCUGGCCGCCAUCCUGGAAUUUGCUUACACCUCCACGCUCACCAUCACCACUGCCAACGUCAAGGACAUCCUUAGUGCUGCCCAGAUGCUGGAGAUCCAGUGUGUCAUUAAUGUGUGCCUUGAGAUAAUGGACAUCAACAGAGAGGCUGAUGAAGAAGAAAAAGAAGAAGAAGAAGAAGAAGUAGAAGAAGAAGAAGAAGAAGAAGAAGAGGAGGAGGAGAAGGAGGAGAAUGCAAUGGAGGCUUCAGAGAAGCAGGAACCACAGGAGGCAAGCAACAUCCAGGAUUGCCCACCAAGCACUUUGAAACCUGAACAUACAGAGGAUCUCUUCAGAGAAACGCCAAGGGACUCUGAAAGUGUAGAACAGUUCACAGAGAGACGAAAGGAAUCAGAAAGCCUAGAGGGUGGAACAUCUGGGCCUUUAAGGAACUUCUCGAUUGAAUCCUUGUUACAAGAAGGGCUUUAUCCUAAACUGACCACCCAAGACAGAAGGUUGACUUUUUCCCCACUUAUACCCGGUUUCCUUCCACCUAUAUGGGCUGGGGAGUUCCCAGGGUUGCCCCAGAUCUUGGACCACAAUCACAACCACCAAGAGGUUGAGAACGGACCUUUGGAUUUGGUCAUCAAAAAGGAAAAUAUUAAGGAGGAGCAUAAGGAAGAUCUUCCGGCCAGUGUGUUCCCUAGCGACUUCUUGAAGGACAUCAUGGGCAUCGGAGCCAGGAGUCAACUGGGGCACAUCAAAGAGGAAACAGACUUUAGCUCCUACCUGAACUUCUUAGGUUCCUCCCACCUCGGUGGACUCUUCCCUCCUUGGCAGCUGGAGGAGGAGAGGAAGGUGAAGCCCAAGGCAUCUCAGCAGUGUCCCAUCUGCAACAAAGUGAUCCAGGGGGCAGGGAAACUGCCCCGCCACAUGAGGACUCACACUGGAGAAAAGCCAUACAUGUGCAAUAUUUGUGAGGUCCGCUUUACCAGGCAAGACAAACUGAAGAUUCACAUGCGGAAGCACACAGGAGAGCGGCCGUAUAUCUGCAUCCACUGCAACUCCAAGUUCGUGCACAACUACGACCUGAAGAACCACCUGCGCAUUCACACCGGCAUGCGGCCCUACCAGUGCGAACACUGCUACAAGAGCUUCACACGCUCCGACCACCUGCACCGCCACAUCAAGAGGCAGAGCUGUCGAGUCUCACGCCCCCGCCGAGGCCGCAAGCCUGCCGCCUGGCGCUCUGCUAGCUCGCUCUAUGCUCAGGGUGCCCGCCACAAUGACAGACCUCUCCAGCAGGAGCAGCAGGCCAGAGGCAGGAACCUCCCCCUGACCCUUGGCAUGGAUAUCGCAGGCCCUGGUGACAAACGUUUCUUGGAAGAACGGUGUCACAGCAGCAGCAGCAGGAAUGGUUUGAGCUUCAGUGUAGAGGACUUGGACAACAGCAUAGAGAGUUCAGAGGUGAAACUUUCUGAAAGGAAGCACAUGCUGGAAGCAGAACGGAACCGAGGGGUCUUCACUUUUGCUCUGGCCCACGAGGAUAGCCUCCCGCACCGCACCUUCUUCUCCGCUGCUGACCCGUGGGGCAUAAGGCUUGGACACACUUCUUCCAUACCAGAAGCCAGUAACUAAAAAAAGUGUAAUAAAUGCACACAUACACGAAAAGGGGAAAACCAAAACAUGGACUUACAGAUCUGAUUCCUGACAACCCCACUUGAUUGAGUGAUUCAGGGUUUAUUGGUGCGAGGCAAAAAGUGUUUGUACCACUGAUACUUACCAGUAACUAGCCAUCAUUGUUUUAGAACCUUAUUUGUUUUGUUGGGUAGCAGUGUACGUUUUCACACAAACAUGUUUCUAAUUGUGAAGCAUAAUGAAGACAAUUGUUUUUAAACUUAUUUGCUUGGCCAACUGACAGGAACUUUGCUCUGGGCAGCCACGUGCAAAUAUUCAUGCAUAUUUGUUUGCAUUCACCUGGGCAUAUGUAAAAAUUUUAUUGGCACAUGUAACAAAAAAUAGAUUUUCUUAUGUUACCUUUUCAUUUUUUUAAAGGCUAGUAAAGACUAUACAUUUUAAGUUCUGGAAGCUAUUAUGUUUGGUAAACUUCAUUAAGUAUCCAGCACAACUUUGUUUACUGGACCUUAAGCAUUGGUUCUGUUGUAAAAUGUGCUUCUGAACCUUUUUGCCUAGCACUCAUACACUUCAAAUGGAUAGCUAUAAUUUUUUUUAGGUUUGACUGAACUUGUGCAGUACAGACCAUCCAGACUCAUGUAUUGUAAACUUGAAUCCCUUCACUUUAACAGCCUGCUUUGUUUUUAGUCCAAUUCAUUUUUAGCAGGUAACUGCCACCCCAGGGUCACACAGUAAACAGCCAUUGACUACUGCUGCACCACAAGGCCACAUUCAAAAUCAAGAAAUUGCAUGCUGAAAACACACACACACACACACACACACACACACCACUCUACAAAAAUAGGUUAUGUGGUAAAGAAAAAAACUUUCAAAUAAACUGAUAAAGUAUGCUUUGCCUUUUAUAUAUUUAUUUAAAGUACAUAAUGUGGAGUACUAUUUACGACUCGAAAAUGCACUCAGCAUUUGUCCUUAAGUCAGUGUAUCAAACUAGCCAUUUUAGAGCCAUUUGCUUCACAGCAUUUUUUCUUGAUUUUGAUGAGGAUUUGAAACUUGGUCACAUUGAUUCUGUGUAUAGACGCUAAAGUGUUGCACAUCCCAUGAUCCGUCUUCUAUUCAGGGAAGGCACACGUGAGUGGGUAGCAGUGUUUAAGUUUCUGAGCUGGUUUUUGUAACCUUUUCUGGUGACCAGCAGGUUUUAGUUACGAAAUGUAAGUCCCUGUCUUACUUGAAGUGUUUCCUUUCUUGAACUGUGUGGCCUUGAGUGGCAUUUCACCAGGGAUUCAGUUUUGCAACAUGAAAAAAGAAAUAACAUUACCCAAUACUAUAUUUUGUAUAUUAUGCACAGAGGGAUAAACAUGUAGCCCUUAAAUCUACAUAUAUAAACAUGGAAAAGUGUAAUUAAAGAAUAUGUGACUUUAAGGAGCACUCAUUACAGAACGAAGUUUAGAAAAUUACUUCAAAAAGUUUGUCUCAGUAACAAAAAAGGGGGGAUUGUCAGCCCUGGUUUUUUAUUUGUUGAUAUUUUUUACCUGUAUUGGCCUUGUUUGUUCAACUAUAGAUGUAUGACAUUUCUAGAUAUUUAUAAAUAUUUGAAUUUGCCUUUGCUAUAUUUUAAUAAUAGAAUUUAUUCAAUUUCCCGAACACUAGGGAGUGUCGAAUGGGUCUGGGACCUGUGUUUUGAUCUCUGUUCCAUGCAAGCUCAAAUAUACACUUGAACAGUCUUAUGUUGUUUGGAUUAUCCUGGGUACUGACCAUAAAGGUCUCCACACAACGGACGCGAUGCGACAAUGUGUCUUACGACGCACCGCACCAUGACAAGUGCGUGACGCUGAAGCAACACAGAAGCGAUGCGAAAAAAAUAGGAUUGGUGUCUAAGUUUGCAAUUUUGUCGCACGGCAGUUAGGGAACUGACCAAUGAGAAACAGCUUCCCUUGUGUGCCUUCAAUAAUCAAUGGCAGAAGAAUAUAAUUCUUGCAGUAUCAAAAUACCCAGAGCUGUACAAUAAAGGACACAAAAAUGAUAAAGACAUGGCAAUGAGGGAGAACUGGGUCCAUUUCCAGGGAACUGGAUAUAGCUGGUGAAUAUGAUUUGUUUACCUUCAUUGAAAUAAGUAUUCUGAAAAGUUAUUAUGUAUUCUACAUUUUUAUUAGCUGUAUAACAUUACUAUCAUACUUGUGAUUUUAUUUAAUCAUAGUGUUUAUACAUAGUUAUUUAUCAUUUCUGGAUGCUUUACAUUACAUUGUUCUGCAUGUGAUUAAAUACAUGACCUUUACAGUAAAACAUGUAAAACAUAAAAUAUGGUUU